UGCGCAGGCGCACAACUACUGGCCUGAUCAGCUGACUGUGAGUGAGAUGCUAUGCUGAAGGACCAUUGAGACGAAAAGCUGCUGUUGUCUGCGCUAUGUAUGGAAAACUGCGACAAUUUAACUGAAUUACACCGUGUGGACCAAACACUGACGACAUUAAACACGCCGACAGAACAGCAGCUGUUGUUCAAGUCACAAUAGAGCUCUGCCAAUACUCUCUCUCCUACCUCACCCUCAGCGACUUCCUCACGUCAUAGCCUCGGUGAACCAACCUCUUGACCAGCAGCCAUGACAGAAUUCUGGUUGAUCUCCGCUCCGGGGGAGAAGACGUGCCAGCAGACCUGGGACAAGCUGAUGGUGGCCACCACACGCACCAACAACCUGUCUGUUAACAACAAGUUCAACAUCCCCGAUCUGAAGGUCGGAACACUAGACGUCUUAGUGGGUUUGUCGGACGAACUUGCUAAACUUGACACUUUUGUGGAAAGUGUGGUGAAGAAGGUCGCUCAGUACAUGGCCGAUGUUCUGGAGGACAGCCGAGACAAAGUCCAGGAGAACCUGCUUGCUAACGGAGUUGACCUCGUCACCUAUAUCACCAGAUUUCAGUGGGACAUGGCAAAGUAUCCAAUCAAACAGUCACUGAAAAACAUCUCUGAGAUCAUCUCCAAGCAAGCAACUCAGAUCGACAACGACCUGAAGGCCAGAGCCUCAGCCUACAACAACCUGAAGGGAAACCUGCAGAACCUGGAGAGGAAGAAUGCGGGGAGCUUGUUGACCAGGAGUUUGGCUGACAUAGUGAAGAAAGAGGACUUUGUACUGGAUUCGGAGUACCUGAUUACCAUGCUGGUGGUUGUGCCAAAGACAGGCUAUGGAGACUGGCAGAAGACGUAUGAAACCCUGUCAGAAAUGGUGGUGCCACGCUCCACUAAGCUGCUGUUUGAAGACAACGACAGCGGCCUCUUCAGUGUCACUCUCUUCAGGAAGGCUAUAGACGACUUCAAGCACAAGGCCAGAGAAAACAAAUUUACCGUGCGCGAUUUCCAGUACAAUGAGGAGGAGAUGAAGGCGGACAAAGAGGAGAUGACACGUUUGUCCACUGACAAGAAGAAACAGUUUGGGCCUUUGGUGCGAUGGCUGAAAGUGAAUUUCAGCGAAGCCUUCAUCGCCUGGAUUCACAUAAAAGCUCUGCGUGUGUUUGUGGAGUCGGUCUUGAGAUACGGGCUGCCAGUGAACUUCCAGGCCAUGCUUCUGCAGCCCAACAAGAAGAACAUGAAGAAGCUGAGGGAGGUGCUGUACGACCUGUACAAACACCUGGACAGCAGUGCUGCCAUCAUCGAUGCCUCUAUGGACAUCCCAGGGCUGAACCUGAGCCAGCAGGAGUAUUACCCCUAUGUUUACUACAAGAUCGACUGCAACCUGCUGGACUUCAAAGUCUAGAUCGCCAUCGUCAUCAUCAUCCUCAUCAUCAUUAUAAUCAUCAGCUCAAUUUCUUUGAGUGCAGUCUGACUGAUGUGACAUAAUCACAUCCCCAAGCUUUAAUUUAUUAUGACAGUGUUUUGUUUUGUUUUUUCUCCAUCUUUUGUGGUCUCAUCCUCGUUCCCUUGCUGUUACAUUCCUUGCCCAUGUUGAAGAGGUUGUUGAUCUUCUCUUCGACAGCUGGCACGGGCGCUCAUCUUUGUACCACGCUGCUGAGGUGACUCCCUUCCCAGUCUGUUCCCUCCAUUAAUGGUUAGCAUUCCCUCAUGGCAUCAGAGGACAUGUCACGACAUGACAUGUUUUUUUUGUUUUGUUUUUUUAUUUCCUUGGUCACCCUUCUUUAUUUAAAGCAACAAAAACGGUACACGUGAGGGGAAAACGGGGAGAGAAAAAAAUAAAUGUAUGUGAAGUAUAGUAUUUAUUUAAAGCCUCUGAAAUCGGUGUGUUUGCUUUUGGUUUGUGACGUGUUUUUAGCUCCAUGUAAGAGAUGUCUGUUUACAAGUAGAUGUUGACCAUCGUUUCCCCCACCCAAGUAUAUAGAAGCAAUAUGUUCGCUGAUGGUGUGCUCCUAUGAUUUCUGUAUAUUAAGCAGUUUGAGAAAAAUGAUUAUAGGUCUAUGUGCAAAUACUGUAUUGUCAGUAUAACUGAGAAUUGAACCACAUAUUUAAAUAAAUGUGAAAAAUAAAGUCUAUAUGUGAAAUAUA